GGGCAGGGGCUUGUCUAAAAAAUUGAAGCCCUUGUCUUCCGGCCCUCAAUCCCGAUCACAUCUCUCUCGCUCUCCUUCUCACUAGCUCUCAUGGCGACGCUGUCCUCUGAUCAGGUUCCCUCCCGCGAGAAGCCUCCCCUAAACGACGAAGAAGACGACGGCGAUGAAGACGAUUACGAGGAUGACGAGGACGAAGAGGAGGACGACGACGACGAAGCGGAGGAUGAGGAGGAACAAAAGCCCUCGCCGGCGAUCCAGAAGGCUCGCGUCAACGCCCUUUUCUCCCGUCCUGUCCGCAUCCAUGUCUGCAACGUUGUGAUCAAGGGCAAUACAAUCACCAAGGACCACCUCAUCGAGGCCCAUGUCGCCGAUGCCUUGCGGUCCGCAUCCACUAUUCAGGAGCUUCUAAAAGCCUCGGUUGUUGCUAACGCGCGGCUCCGGCAGCUUGGCAUCUUCGAUUCAGUGUCCAUCACGCUUGAUGAGGGGCCGCCCGGGCUCCCUGGAACGGCCAAUGUCAUUAUAGAGGUAGUGGAGGCCAAGAACAAGCUCACUGGGGAUUUAGGUGUCUUCUCUCGGCCGGAGGAAAGAACUUGGUUUCUAGAAGGAUUGAUAAGACGCAAGAACUUUUUUGGCUAUGGUGACAUUUGGGAUGCUACUGUGGCUUAUGGUUGGGAUCAAACAGCUGAAUUAAGUGCUGGAGUGUCUCUACCUAGAUUUGGAGCGUUGCCAAAUCCUCUCAUGGCUCGAGUAUCGCUUCUUACCCAAGAUUGGUUGAAGCUUUCAUCAUAUAAAGAGCAUCUUCUUGGUCUUUCUCUUGGUUUCCUUUCAACAAGAUACCAUGACUUGACUUACAAUCUUACUUGGCGCACUUUGAUUGAUCCAUCACAAAUGGCAUCCAAGUCGGUCAGGAGGCAGCUUGGACAUAGUUUGCUAUCCUCGAUAAAGUAUACAUUUAAGAUUGACAAAAGGAAUUCUCAUUUGAGACCAAGACAUGGAUAUGCUUUUCUUUCCUCAUCUCAAAUAGCUGGUCUUGUACCAGAUAGUAAAAGCUUGCGGUUUAUUCGCCAGGAAUUCGAUCUGAGAGGUGCUUUUCCGUUGGGUUUCUACAAUGCUGCCCUCAAUGUUGGAGUUGCUGCUGGUUUUGUUAUGCCAUGGGGGAGUGGAUUUGUGAACAACCACUCACCAUUGCCUGACCAGUUCUUUAUGGGUGGCCAUUCUUCACCUGUUUGCACAAUAGGUGGACCCACCUCACUGCUAGGUUUUAAGUACAGGGGCUUAGGGCCAACUGACACUCGAAGACAUAUUCCGACUGAUAAUGAAGGCUCCAGCACCGCUGUAGGGAGUGAUGCCAUUGGUGGUGACAUUGCGGUUGGUACAUUUGCUGAUCUUUCUUUCGAUCUGCCUUUGAAGAUCUUCAGACAGGCUGGUAUUCAUGGUCAUGCUUUCAUUUGUGCUGGAAAUCUUGCCAAGUUGUUUCCUCAAGAGCUCAAGAGUUUUUCUCUCCAUAAAUUUGGGGAGACAUUCCGGAGCAGUGCAGGCUUUGGUGUGAUUGUCCCCACUAAAUUGUUUAGGAUGGAGAUAAACUACUGUUACAUAUUGAGGCAGUCGGAGAAUGACCGUGCGAAGACAGGCAUACAAUUUAGCUUCUCAUCCCCGUGACACUCUAUUGUGUCAAACUGGCCGUUAAUCAGGAUCCCUUCCCUUGAUGAAAGCACAAGAGAAAUAAACCCCUCAUUUUGUGCACCGAAACUGUUUCUGUUGAUAAUUUCAGGAAGAAUCCCCAAAAUUCCACACCUCAUUCAGAGAAAGAAUUGUUUGUCACCAUUUCAAUGAUUCAAUCUGCUCAAUAUUUUUCCUGCCCAUAAUGUUUUUCACUGAUUUGAAUAUUGCAAGCACUAAGAUUUCUUUUGCUGCUACUCAAGGACUAGUGUCUGAUGUUUCAAGUACUGAUCUACUUGUGAUUAUUAUCUUCUCUUAAUUAA